CCGUUCCAGAUCUAUCUUCUACAAAAAUCUCUCUCAUCCGUCUCUCUUUAUGCGUUUCAGUCCGGCGCCUUUUCCUUGUUGCUGUAAGUGUUGCUUCUGUAAUCUCUUCUUCACAGAGGCCUUUUAGGUGGUUCUACAAGGAAAAUCACUGUUUUAGGUUGCCAAAUGUUCUAAGAAUGACACCGAUAAUCGAGAAAGACUGGAUGGACGAAACUGAUAUAUUCAGUAAAGUGUAUCGAGAUGGGGUUAAAUACUUUAUACAGUUUGCAGCAACAUACGGUUAUUCAAACAAAAAGUGUGCUUGCCCAUGUGCUCGUUGCCAAAAUAAGAAAAAUCUCAAGAUUGCCGUAGUUAGACAACAUUUGCUUGAGAAGGGUAUCGACAAGUCUUAUCGUAUAUGGGCUCACCAUGGUGAGAAGUCCACCAGUGAUAGUAGUGAUUAUUCAGGGAAAGAUCCAUUGCAAGAAGAAAAUCACCAUGAACAAAACACAGAGGAUGCAGUUCCUGGCAUGGAGAGCUUCAUCGAUGCUGCAAAUGAAGUGCGUGAAGGGGGGCCAGAUGGUGAUGUUCAUAUACAUGAUGCCAAUCUGACGCAAACGACUUACAAAGAACCGUUUGAAGUGUGUGAAGGGGGGGCAGAUGGUGAUAUUCAUAUAGAUGAUACCAAUCAGACGCGAACGACUUACGAAGAACCGUUUGUUCCGGAUAGAUUGGAAACAGUUCAAAAUAGUAAUGUUCCGUCAGAGAUCCCACCCUCUCUAAAAUUGCAGACUAAUACAAGUAUUAGUAGGCCAAAAUGUUUCAUCACUGUUGAUGUUGCUGGAAGACCCGUGGGGGAACAUGCAGAGAAGCUUUCCACUCGUAUAGGAGAGCUUGUUCGACAUCAUUGUCCAAUAAGUUAUACCGAUUGGAGGCUCGUCCCAGAAACAUUCAAGGAUGAUGUGUGGAAUGCCUUGCUGAGGGAAUAUGAGUUCAACGCUCCUUCCCAGUUUGUCCGCCCCUACCUCGAGAAAAGCUUCCCGGCUUUUUACAGAAGAUACAAAUAUGACUUACGUAAACAGUACAUAAAAGACGCUACUAACCAGGAAGAGGUAGUAGCAAAGUGUCCAAUUGGUUGUAAGCUUGAUGUUUGGAAAGCUUUUGUCGCAAAUGAAUUUGAAGAAGUUGCUAAGGAGAAACGUGCGAAGAAUGUGGAGAGCAAAAAGAAAAGCACAAUUCGCCAUACUCUUGGGCGGCGUUCCUAUGUGAACAAAUGUUAUAUCCUUGAAAAAGAGGAAGGGAUAGUUCUUGAUGGGCGUCCAGAUGUUUGGAUGAAGGGCCAUGAAAAGAGUGAUGGAACUGUCCAUCCUUCCGCUGUUGAAAAAUAUGAACAACUUAAGGCAGCUAAUGAGAAGAGGAAACGCUUGGAUGAAGGAGGAUCUGGCAAGCAGCUGAAUUUUGAUUCAGAUGCAGUAGCCGAGGUCUUUGGGCCAGACGGCAGCAAUUCACAUUUGCGUGCUUAUUCCUCCUGUGUGUCUAAAAAGCGUGCUCUACAAGCAUGCCUAGCAACCUCUCUCAUGGAAAGUGAAGUUAGCAAAGUUGAUGCUCCAAUCGCGGCCAUGGUUGCCAAUCUUUCAAGUCGUGUAGAAGGAUUGUUUAAGAUUGUAGCUGAAAUAUUAAGCCGUCCACCAACUGCCCAAGAAACUACUCCAACCUUUGAUGCAGAGGUGUCUGCUGAAGAAACUCUUCCAACCUUUGAUGCAGAGGUGGCUGCCGAAGAAACUACUCCAACCUUUGAUGCAGAGGUGCGUGACAAUGUUAAUUAUUGUUAUAGAGGUAUUGGAAAACAAAAUGUCAAUCUAUUGAAUAGGGAAGGCAAGAUAGUCGCAACUGGGUACACAGUGGUUGGGAAGGAAGGUGAAAUGUGCCAUGGGAGAAAGGUUCAACCGGGUGAGAAAAUGGUAAGAAUUGAGACUGUUGUAGAUGUGUUUGCUCCAGUACCAGAUCCUCCUCAAGGAGGUUAUCACUACACUUUACAAGGUUUUGUUGAUGGUGGAUGUGUGAUAUGGUUUGAGUCACGGUUGCGGCCUAGAUAAGUUGAAUGUAUUUGGUUUUAUACAAUUUAUUGUUGCUAAGUUUAGUCGCCAUACUUUGGAAAUAUGGAGCUUGUUAGAGAGUAUGUAAUUAGAUAUAUUCCAUGUUCAGUUGUAGUUUCAUCUUUAGCUAACAGCUAUACACUGCGUUCGUGUUUGAAAUUCCCAGGAUCUACUUGUUCUAAAUCAGUCUCUUCAACAAGCUUAUGUAGACAUUUCCGUAAUGACAUGAAUCCGUAAUUCUGGUUAUUUUGUCC